UCGUCUUGCUUCGGUCUUGAGCAGUGGGCUGGAUAGAGUUCAUUGUAGAAGAGGGUUUCGUCCCGACAUCACUGUGCUGCUUACAGCUGGGCUGGAUAGAGUUCAUUGUAGAAGAGGGUUUCGUCCCGACAUCACUGUGCUGAUUACAGCUUGCUCUCAAGAUGAGGAUUGUAGUGGUGUUGAUGUUGAUAGGACUUAUCGGGCUUUGCGCCGCCAUUAUGCACGAUGGCCCUGAGCACGACUCGAGCGAGGAGGAGGACGACCAUCACUGUGAUUGCCGUCACCACGACCCACCGCCACCGCCGAAAGACGACAUACCACUCCCGGAAGCCGAGGACAGCAAGGACAUGGACGAUGGCAUGAAGUUGCCGGACGACUAUGAGAAUAUGAGCGAGGAGAAAAAGAUGGAACUGAUGGAGGAGCACCGGAAACACAAAGAGAAUAAACGCUGCUGUCGGAAACACUGGCACAGGAAAGUCAUGAAGAUCGUCGUCGGUUCCGUCGCCGGUGGAGUUGUCGUCAUUGCUGCUGUCAUCACCGGCUGCUGCUGCUACCACAAGAGGUGCAAGGGGAGCAGGACAUGCCCGGACCAGAAAUACAAUACACCAGUGUACAGCAGGUUCGGCCUGUCCCCCGAGCUAGGUUACGUGAAGGAGCCACUUCCGGACGUGGACCUGGUCACCAUGGGCAGCCUGCCACCUACCUACACCACCAUGCCAAUGUACGGCGGAGGGCCGGGGGAGCUGAUCCUCGUGGCGCCGCCAGCGUACGUCACCGAGGAGAAGAAGAUCCCCCUGCCAUAGGCUGAUAACCCCGGCUCACAGCGGUUUCUCGUCAGUCAUUUGUCUGUCACUUUUUUGACAUUUAUCAGACAUUUGUCAGUCACAUUUCGGACAUUUUUCAAUAAAUCGUCCGAAAUUUAAUUAUGUCGGACACUUGUGAGUCACGUGUCGGACACUUGUCAGCAAGCAUCUUGUGUGCUUAUUACCUGAUUUUACGUAUUAUAUGUUUUUGACUUAAAAUGUAGAUUCAUUUAUUUCAUCUUUACUGCUGGGCUGACAAUUGCUUAACCACUCGCAUUGUGCAAAAAGUGCUUAUAAGUUACUUAUAUUUUGUUAUACACUGGUUGUAAACAUAGCAUGAAACGUCGAUUUCAAUGUGUGUAUUUAAAUGUAAACAUUUUCUUUCAAACCCUAUUCCUAUUUUGAAAUCUUUCACUGUAGUUUUGUUAUUUCUUUUUGUACCCGAAUAAAACACUUGUUUCGUA